AUGUCGUCGGAAGAAGGCGCAAGGCAACGAGAGGCCCACCCGAAUGGCUUGGCACAAAAUGGCCAAUCACCGAAGAGGAAGGAGUUGAUCCUCAAUGCAUUUGCGAUGAAUACUCCUGGUCACCUCUCGCCAGGCCUUUGGCGUCAUCCCACGAACAGGACGGCGGAGUACAAGAAAUUACGCUUCUGGACAGACCUUGCGAAGCUGCUUGACGAGGCAGGCUUUCAUGCUCUUUUCAUUGCCGACGUACUGGGCUGCUAUGAUGUUUACCGCGGACCAGCAAAUCACGGCCCCGCGCUUCAAUGUGGUGCACAGUUCCCCAUCAAUGAUCCGCUAUAUCUUGCGCCGGCAAUGGCCGCCGUCACCAAGAACUUGGCUUUUGGUAUCACUGCAUCGACAACAUACGAACAUCCUUAUGCUCUUGCUCGCAAGUUCUCAACUGUCGAUCACUUGACUGACGGCAGAGUCGCCUGGAACAUAGUAACUUCCUACCUAGACUCAGCGGCUCGCAACUUUGGUCUUGACAAGCAGGUGGCACACGAUGAUCGCUAUGCUAUCGCGGAAGAGUACAUGGACGUACUCUAUAAGCUUUGGGAGGGCAGCUGGCGCGACGAUGCUGUCGUCGAGGAUAAAACUACCGGAGUAUAUGCUGAGCCUGACCGCGUUCGCCAGAUCAAUCAUGAGGGUAAGAAUUUCAACGUAGCAGGUCCACACAUCUGCGAACCCUCUCCACAACGGACCCCUUUUCUCUUCCAGGCCGGAACGUCGAAGUCGGGCAGAUUGUUUGGUGCGAGGCACGCCGAAGUCAUUUUCGCUGGAGCACAGCUACCUGAGAAGCUGCGGCCGUCUGUUGAUGCGAUCAGACACUUGGCAAAGGAACAAGGUCGAGACCCAUAUCACGUCAAAGUAAUCGCUAGUAUGUGCAUGAUAGUUGCUGAGACAGAUGAAGCUGCGGAAGCCAAGCAUGCAGAACUUCUUUCAUGGGGCAAUCGUGAGGGUGCACUGGCUUUAUUCGGCGGAUGGACUGGUGUCGAUUUAUCAACCUACACCGAUGACGAAGACUUCAGGUUCGUUAAGCUGCCGAUGAUACAGUCGAUUAUUGGUGGCUGGGCCGACACGGUGCCUGGCAGCAAAGAUCUCAAAUGGAACAAAGCAAGAAUUGCUGAGUAUCUCAUUCUUGGUGGUAUGAACGCAAAGGUCGUGGGUAGCCCCAAGACAGUUGUCGAUGAGCUGGAACGGUGGGUGGAGAUUGCUGACAUCGAUGGCUUCAACUGCUCACACGCCACCAACCCUGGGACCUUCGAAGACAUCAUUUCACUAGUGAUUCCAGAACUUAAGAAGCGAGGACUAUUCAGGGCGAAUGUAAAGACUGGUGCUACGGCUAGAGAGCAGCACUUUGGCCAGUCAAGGCUGCUCGACGACCAUCCUGGCAGCAAAUUCAAGUGGCCAAGUACUCGGGAGGUACCUGAGUACCUGAGCGGCUGA